AUGCCUCUGACACACGUCCAAUCACGCAUCGUAGCAGCCGCCUGGUCCGGCAACCUGCCACCAGCCCCCCACUCAACCGGUCUGCCACGCCUGGAUCCCGACAUCCCCUCCACCGACCCUUCCAAAUGGUCCAGCAGAGCCACCACGUCGCUCGCUCAAGAUGCAGGCAACAAGACAAGCGACCUCGGCUACCCGUCUGACUCCGCCUAUCAGGACGCACUGCUCAACCUCCUCCCCGCGUACCUCAGACCAAGAGGAACCGACGAAGCCACAAAAGUGCCCGAUAAAGAAACAUCAGCACUCAGCGAGCUGCCUGUGCCCGCAGCUGACGAGGGGUGGUCGAGAAUGCCCGAUUUCCGCAACCAGAGAAGACAGGACACCAAGCGGCUGCGACGCUUGCUACUCGGAUACUAA